GGGGGCGUGAGACAACAUUCCAUGUCGGACGAGACAUUUAUAGAAAACUAUUUUAUUGAGAUGAGUAAGACAAAAUUACCUAGAACAAUGAAUCGUUGUUCUGUGGUCCAUGAUGACGGUGAAUAACGAAACUCUAUUGGUUUAUUAAAAACUAUUGAUGGAUAUUUUAAUGAAUAUGUUUAUGAAACUACAUUAUGCCUUUGACGUAAUAUGUGAUGUUUCCAGAAAAGGGAAAAAAUUUGUUGACAUUAUUUAUUUACAUCCAUUUAACAGAUAACAACAUAUUUUCAGUCUUUACACAGUGAGACAAAGCCAGAUAGAAUAAUUAAUCGUUGUUUAGUGAAUAGUUUUGUGUUUAUUUAAUCGUCGAUCAAACAAAAAGAGAUUCUAUACUACUAUGUUUAUUUAAAAUCUUAACUGUAACUAUUAAUAGUAUUUAUCAGAAAUAAAUAUUAUAACUACUAACAUAAAAUAUAAACUGUUUAACUAUAGGAAAAUCAGCUCUCUUUUCUAACUUUACAAGUUAAAACAGUUUUGAUAGUGGCAAUAGAAAAUAUUAGAAUGAGAAACGGCUAUAUAAGGUCAAUUCUUUUACAAGAGAUCAAUCUACAGAAAGUGAAAACGUAUAACAUUUAGAACGGAUAAGUUAUAGAUUUUUAUUGAAAAUCACUUAGAGCUAAAAAAAGACCAGUUUUGCUGUUUGAAAAGUUCUUCUGCCCAUAUUAGACAUUAUUAAUCGAUGAUAUCUGUUUUGCGAAGAUCUUUUUUUUUCUCAAUUUUUGUCUUAAUAACCAACUACUCAUAUUUGACAUAGUCUAAGUGGAAAUAAACGAGAAUAUUAUCAAAAAAUGUCUUAUUAUGAUGACGAAUGUGGUGUUAGUAGGAAUUAUAAAUAACUAAUGUGGACAAAAAUAAGCAAAGAUUGGAAUAUGCGUCUGCAAUAUAUUCAGCAAGAAUAGCGAACUUUGAUUAGGUAUAAUAGGAAAAAGUGACACUUUUUUUACGACUUAUCUGAAGUUAGACAAUUGUAAGUAUGUAAGAAGAUGAUUGUCAGUCACAAAAAGCUUACGUUUAUUUUCUUUUGCAGAUACUAAAGUUGAUUCAUAAAAUCCAACGGAAAUGUCAUUUAGUAAAAUUACAUCAUCAAUUCAUUGAAAAGAUCUUAAAAUGUUUCGCAUUAGAUGAACUAAAACGAUUUUUUUUCUAAAAUAAAAUUAUAUCUAUUCUUAGUAUUGUACUUUUAUUUAUUCCUAGUCAAAUUCCUAGUGCAAUCUAUUUUCGUGUAAAUUUAUGCAUUGUCAAAAUCAUUUGCAUUACUUAGCAGUUACUUAUUCUAUUUUAACAUAUUUUUAGCAAGAAUUCCAAUAUAUAUCCGAAUAUACUUGGAUACUUAUAUGGCGUAUUUUGAAAAAUGACUACCAAAUAAGAAACGUAAAUAGCUCGGCCAUAUUUUAGUCAUUCUUUUUUUUUAAUAGAAAAUAUUUAAGUUUUCUUUCGUCAUGUCAUGUUUUCCUUCUACAAAUAAUAGAAAUAAUAGAAUCUUUUCGUUCAAUAAAAUAAUAGAUAUUUUUCAAAGUUUCAGGAGUUUUUCUCAAAAUAGUUUAUAAUUCAGUAGAUUGAAGAGUUGUCCAAUCAAAUUUUGACGAAUGGAUCAUUUUCAAAGUAAAAUUAAUCGAUUUCUUGAAAUUAUAAACGCCUUUUAAUUAUAAACAAAACAACUCUGUCAACUUGUUCAGUAUUUAACAUUUUGGUAAAAAAUUGAUCAAAUUGUUAGCAAAAUAUGUUGUACAGUGAGACAAAUAUCUAGUUUAACUUACUAACAAAAAGUGAAAUAAGUCUAUCGCAAACAGAAUAUUUAACAACUGUGUAUAGUAACAAAUUUUAAUGUAAUGAAUAGAAUCAGUUGUCAAGCUAGCAACAUAAUGGAACGCAUAAAUUCAACAGAAAUAAGGAAAAUAUUCAAGUUUUUUUUAUUUGAUAGUAAGUUUUCAAUCAUCUUGUAAAUCGAAGCUUACGAUAUCUCAGAAUAAAAAUCAAGCUACUAACGAUUAUUUGAUAUUACAUUUAACAACUCAAAUUAUCAACAAAACAUCCGUGCAUGUAAUCAACAAAAUAAAUCUUACUAAGAAUAGUCUCUAUCAUUAUGUAUUCUCAAUAGUGAUAAAUUUAAAUAAAUUCAACUUUAUACUUGCGUUUCUUUCCCAUUCUAACGUGUUUGUAGUUCGUAUAAAAGAUUCACUGUCAAGAUUAUAGUUACUACGACUAUUUAACACUUAUAUAUUUACGACGAAAAAAUUAACGUGUCAUAUUAGCACAACGACAUAAAAAAAAGAAUUUUCUAUACAUUUUUUUUUUUCUCCAAUUCUUGUUUAUGAUACGUAAUCAAAACAAAAAAUGACGAGUUUCCCAGAUGUAUGUCAUUAAGUUUGAAACAAACAUGAGAUUAUUUACAUAGCCUAAUUUGAUGAUAUUUAUGAUCACUCUUAACAACUUUUCUUAACAAAUACUAUUACUCUGAAAAUAAAUUCUUAUAUAAAAAAGAAAAAAAAUCUUACUUGUUUUGUUUUUUAAAGAAAUUCGAAUAUGUAACAGCUUUGGAUAGUCUAACCCAAGGUUUCAUCAUUCGACUUGAUCGAUCGACUAUAUGUCCAUCUUUAGACGAUUUACGAAUGUUUUUUGUACAUGGAGAUGAUUCUUCUUUAGUAGACGGUAAUAGUUGAUGCUGUUGUUGUUCUAUUUCGUUAUUUAAAUUCAUAAUUGUAACACGAACAAAUAAAAGAAUGGUAAGAACAAAUGGUAUCUAUAAACGGAUGCGUAUGUAUGUGUGUGUGUGUGUAUGUAUGUGUGUGUACGUAAAACGAAAUUUAAAUGAUCUAUCUAAUCUUUCAUUUUACAGACAAUUAACGAAUACGCAAAAUACAAAAAAAAAUGAAAAAGAAAAUUCGCUUGAUCGAAAACGAAAUCCAAUUAAUGUUAAAGCAUUAUGGGAAAAUGUCCCCAUGACAAUGCUCUCAACACAUACUUAG